AUGUCGGAUCAUGUCGUUUACGGGAAGCCGCUUGUUGUGACGGAGGAGAGGCUGCGGGAGGCUCGGGAAAAGCAGGUGAAACAAAAGGCCCUAAAGGAGGCAUUGGACAGGCAAAUAGCACAAAGUAAGCGACACAGGCUCGAUAAUGACGCUCUUGGCAAGAAGGAUAAUGUGGUGCGGGGAGACGCAAUUCGACAGCAGUAUAAGUUCAGUUACAAGGAUGGUCAUGGUAAAUUUAUUCUGCAGAAUGAUGGCCCGGAGUUGCAUGAGCAUCCAACUCAAACAGUAUUGAGUACAUUUACUGUUAAUAAUGCAAAUAACAAUAACGCUGCGGCGCUGAACAUAAUCCCCGGGCACAGGAAACCAUUGGAUCUUCUUCCCAAUAAGCGACCACCGUAUCAGUCAAAUUCCCUGCCGCCGAACUUUUCAAUGAGCACUUCAGAAGCAAACCCCUUAGCGCCAAAACGAACCGAAUACGACACCAACUCUCUUCCGUUGGAUUUUGUGUAUAAUAGUAAAAAACAAGACGGUGGUUUGGUCAAAGCGUCACCGAAAGCACGAGAGUCAUUUCCGUUGGGCGUGUCCCCUAAACGUAGUCCGAGGACUGUGGGGUUGAUAACGGAAAGCAGCUAUCAAACAAACUGCCUUCCACGUAACUUUAGCCUAGAGGAUGUGAAGAGGCUGUUGCCAGAGGGUCAGGCCUCACCGCAUCCAUCGCCGCCGCAGCAGUCGUCGCCCCUUGCGAGUCCCGGACUUGCAAGACAAGUUACUGGUGUGGCUCCGCCUUCGUACUCUCGAGCAAAUGCACCUGCGAAGCACCACGUUGGUUGCCUUCCUCCGUUGGAGGUCGCGGAUGGGUUAGCCGGUCGGCGAAAAUCUGGAGAACCCCCGCCGGCACUUGAACCUGUUGGUUCACCUCCACGUGAACUUUUAGGCGCCCCGGCCCUGAACGGGAAAAGCUCAGGGCGGCCAAAGUUGAAGCAGUUGUCGACGCCGCGACGACCUUCAAAUGACGCGCGUGGGCGACCCUCGGCGGGUGGACUGGCACCUCGCAAUGGUCAGGCGCGGGCAACCGAGAGGAAGGUGGAACAGCUGCAAAAAGAGUUGGAGUCCCGCGACUUCCAAAUGGCAAGAAUGCGAGAAAAGGAAAAGAAUUGGGAGGAGCAGGUUAAACAGCUGAAAAUAGAAUUAAAGAGUGCCAGGAAAAAGGAGCGAGAUUUGAAUAAACUCGUGAAGGAAGGACCACGAAGGGCGGAGACGGCGCCUGACCAGCCUAUCGUCUCCGCGCCUAUGCUGGGAUCUCCUGGACAACCUUUGAAGAAGGGCCUUGGAGCUCCGUUAGCUCUUGGACCGGGGCGAAGGCAAAAAUUUGCGAAGAGUUGCAUUUUUAAUCAAGAAACAUUCCGCCCCAUCAGUGCACCGUCGGACGCUGUCUCAACCUCAUUUGUUCCUCAGCAACAAAAUAUCGUGUCACUUAUGCAGGACUCCUUUAAAUGUGCCUCCGCCUUGACGCGAAAAACUGCCUUUGGCUUACCGGAAGAAAACGCCAACCGUCCUGUGCCCAUAGAAUACCAUCAUCUCCUGCAGUUUGUGAAGGAGCAGAUCAUCACGCAACAACAAGCGGAUGCUUUGUGGCGGCUUUUUAGUAACGAGGAUUCACCACUCACGCUUAUUCACCGGCAGUCUUCAACUGUUAAGUUGUCAGGUGAGGUAGCGGUCAACAGCACUGACAGUUAUUUGGUUCUUGAGAAUAGGGCGAAGGCAUUCAGCUCUGACGACAAUGAAGAGAAGCGGAAACAAAAUGAAGUGGAGGAAGACGAGGACGAGGACGAGGACGAGGAAGCAGAUGUGGAAGAAGAAAAUAAAUUAGUUUGCAGCAAUGGACACGUGCAUGAGGAACUUGGGACAGAAGAUGGCACUUUUGAGACAUUUGCAGAACUUCACCUGGGAGAGUGUCCAUCUCUGGAUGAGACGGGUGAGGAAUAA